UGUUAUUGUUGCAUUGUUUACUGUCUCGAUUCUCUCUCCGUCGAUCCUCGCCUUCCACCGCCAAUCACCUUUCAUCCUCCUCGACUCCACGUUGAACCAAAACAGGCUCGUCUGUCAACGCCCAAUUCAACGCUAUUUUUACAAUUACCCCCUUCUCCCUUUCUUUCACUUCGAGAUUCUCCUCAGUCAGUACCUGGGGCCGCCAUUCUUUUACCAUGGCCGCUCUCACAAUGACCCCGACCGCCGUUCGCCAGCCCUUCGCCAGCCUGGAUGCACCUCGCAUGCGUUCCUUGCUCCGCACGAAGAUGAACUUGAAAAACAAAAAAGAUGGAGCCAUCUUGUCCAAGAAGACCCAGUCAACAAUGGACUUCGACUCGGAGAAUAUCGACCCAGUGACUCUGAAGCUCUCGACCAAGCGGAAGCGCACUGUGGACGACGACGACGCCGAACCGUCAACCAAGAAUACUUCUAAGCCACACAAGUCCUCACGCGUGGUUCUGACCACUCUCGAUCCCAGUGCUGUCUCGCGUGUGCCUAUCACCCCGACCAAGCCUAUUCUCUCCACCCCCAAGUCGGCUCCUAUUCUCAAGCCGGCUGGACGCUCGCCUCAACCAAAGUCAUGCAAAUCCUCUUCCCGUCGUUCCACCAUUGCUAAGAGCCGCCCGGAGUCGACUGGCCGGAAAUCGGUUCACCGCCCCUUCUCCCUCGCGGCUGCCCUGUCGGGUCCCAAGCCCAAGCGUCAGCCCGCUCCCAAGGCACCCGCGUCGUGGGCGUUCGAUAUCUAUGUGGACAACGAGCAGGAAGAAAUGACGAACCUAAUGCAACACUCCACGUGCGUAUUGGAUAUCAGUGACCAGGAGGGGAAAAUGGAGACCUCAGGUCGAGGCAAAGAGAACAUUCCUCCCGCGGAUUUGGGGCUGGAUCUUCCGCGCUCUCUUCAGCGGGAGUCGCCUGCCGCUGCAGCCCGCAAGUCAGUCAUGAUGGAGGAGUCUCGCGAACCCCUGGGAGACCUCAAUGCCUCCGAUUUCUACGGCGAUGACUGCCACGCUUUCUCAUACGUCAUCGUUUAUGAUGACGAAGAAACAGACAGUGCGGAGAAGAAGGCGUCGCUCCAUCUGGCCCGCACUAGCCCGCGUUCCGUCCCCAGCAAGCUAUCGAGUGUCUCUUCCAUCUCAGCACUCCUUGAGGCUUCUCUGCCAACCGAGCCUAGCACCGAUGUCAAGUCAGAGCCAACGGAGGCUGAAAUUGAGAUCUGGGAGAGUGCUAGUGCUGCUGAGGAAGCAGCGGAGGCUGCUGCAGAGUCUUGAAACGCUUGAGGUGCGCUUGUCAUUGCCAAGAAAACGGUGUUCUAGUGGUUCUUUUUG